GAUUUCAAGCAUGUGUUUAUUUUGCAUCUGUGUUUCAAGCUAUGUCAUGUGGUAUCCAUUACUUAGCAUCUGUGUUCAUGGCUGUUACUCCUAACUUUGUAUGUGGGAUCCCUGGAAAUGUGAGUAGUGUUCUUUUCUACAACUCCUCUGAAUCAAGUAUAGAGGACAUCUGGAUGCUAUGGACAUCAACAGAAAAUUACAUUGUAGUCCAGCUGGAAAAUGGAGAAAUUUGGGAACUUAAUCAAUGCAGCAGAUCCAAACGAGAAGUCAGUUUGAGUCUGGCAUAUGAAUACAGAGGCAACAAGUCCGUAUUUUCUUGUUCUGAUGGAUUUCUCUAUGAUGAUAGAAAGUGGAGGAGCACUGUUGUUACACAAUGGGAUCUGGUCUGUGACCGAGAAUGGCUUGCAAAAUUAAUCCAGCCUACAUUCAUGCUUGGAGUCUUGAUUGGAGCAGUGAUUUUUGGUGACAUUGCUGACAGACUGGGAAGACAGCGUGUUAUAUGGUUCACAAGUGCUGGUCAGUUUGUAUUUGGCAUUGUGGUGGCCUUCACAUUUGACUACUACAGUUUUGUGAUUGCGCGCUUUCUCCUUGCUAUGGUUUCAAGUGGCUAUCUGGUUGUGGCUUUUGUUUAUGUGACUGAAUUUGUUGGCAUUAAAGCACGAACCUGGGCUUCUAUGCAUGUCCAUGCUUUUUUUGCUAUGGGAAUUAUGAUUGUGGCACUCGUGGGAUUUUUGGUUCGGACCUGGUGGGUCUAUCAGAUAUUCCUCUCCAUAGCGACGCUUCCCUUUGUCUUGUGCUGCUGGAUGCUCCCAGAAACACCUUUUUGGCUCCUGUCAGAGGAAAGAUAUGAAGAUGCACAAAAAGUAAUUAAUAUAAUGGCAAGAUGGAAUAAAGUAAGGAAUCCCUCCAAAGUUUCUGAACUGUGCUCAGUCCAACAAGAUGAUCUAGUCAGUGGCAGAAUGGGUGACAGUGACACAUCCUCAACAAAGAAGCACGACAUCUUAGAUCUGUUUUGUAACUGGGACAUUGCAAGAAGGACCAUCACAGUCUGGCUGAUUUGGUUCACUGGGAGCUUGGGGUACUACGUCUUCUCCCUCAGCUCUGUCAAUCUAGGAGGCAAUGAAUAUUUAAAUCUCUUUCUCAUAGGUGCUGUGGAGUUGCCUUGCUAUAUCAUUGCUUGCAUUGGGAUGGACAAACUGGGAAGGAGAAACACACUCAUUCCGUUCCUUAUUUUAAGUGCACUGAUCUGUGUUUUAAUUAUGUUCAUACCUCAGGAUUUCAGUAUAUUAAUUAUCUUAGCAAAUAUGGCUGGAAAAUUUUCAAUAGGUGUGGCAUUUGGCCUUAUAUAUCUCUACACAGCAGAACUGUACCCAACAAUAGUAAGAUCACUUGCUGUUGGAAGUGGAAGCAUGAUGUGCCGUGUAGGAAGUGUGGUUGCUCCUUUCUGUGUGUAUCUGAGAAGUGUUUGGAUUUUCAUGCCACUUUUGCUUGUUGGAAUCAUGGCUCUUCUGAGUGGAAUAUUAACAGUAAUGCUUCCAGAAACACUGGGAAAGCCAUUGACUAAUACUUUGGUGGAAGCUACAGAACUGGGAAGAAACAAGAAAAGCUGUUCAGGAAAGAUUCCUCCAGCACACAGUGGUGCAGCAUUAGAAAAGAUAGAGAUGUUUGGUCAAGAAAGUCAGCACUGAGAAAUAAAGCAACAGCAAAAUGACUGUUCCCAAUUUUAAUCAUUAUCUAAUUUAUAAGAUCUUUUUAUUCAAGUAAUGUGACUGUUCUAUAAUAUCUGUGCCUUUUACUUUGUAUCCAGCUUUGCCUUUUCAAUAGAGCAAGUAUAUAAAACCUUUUCCACAUGACUGAGGCACUGCAGAAAAUUUGAUAGGAUUUCUUGAUCCCUUGUCAAACUUACCCAGACUUUAGAAAACCUAUCUGACUUGCUGUGACCAGUGGGAAUGAUUACUCUAAAUGUUGGAACUUACCUGAUUACACAUAUGUAAAAAAACAUGCUGGUUCUUUGCUUCACAUUUUCUGCAGUUACAUUUGUAAAUCCACCAUGAAGUGCCCUGGCUGCUUUCAUCCUGUUGCAACUGACAGUUACAGUCUUGAGACUACAAAACAUGAUAAACAGUUAUAAUUCAAGAGAGAAGCCUUAACAUUGCACCAAGUCAUAUUAAUAAUUUUAAAGUUAAACUACUUUAUUCUUUUUUUUUUUUUUAAGUUUUCUACUAGAAAAGGUGCCAUUGCUAACAAAGGAAAAGUAUUCUGUAGAACAGCUUCUGAGUGAAAAAAUAGUACUAAGUUUGCAAAAUGUGCAAAUAGUUUGUAUAUUCAUUCUGUUGAAUGGCAAAUGUAUUUUUAUUAGUGGUUUAGAAAAAAACGUUCACUGGAUCUACCGCUGUCUUACUAAGUUCUUUUUAGUUUAGCUAAAACUAAAAUGUCUGAUGCCUUUGAAAGUCAUAUUCAUUCCAGACUGUUAUUUCUGUGCUCCCCUUCUCAUUUAUUUCAGCUCAGAUCUAGCAUCAGACCUUUCAUAACUUUUAAGAGCCACACCAGCAACUUUGUCAAAUGCCUCCAUCAAUGCCUUGUCAGUCGUCAGUGAAAAAGAAUAAAUGGCAUAUGAGUCUUAUUCAGGCUCUCUGCACAGAGGUGGACUUCGUCAUUAAUGAAUGUUUAGUAGACACGGUAUCCACACACCAUUUUUCCCAUAGAUCAGCUGUCAGUAGCUCAUUUUUUCUCUAUACCACACAAAAUCAGUUAGAAAAAUAUAAUUUAAAAAAUGAUAGGUUGAGGACAGUGAUCAGUAGAAGAGCUACCAGUUACUCCAGUAGUGUUAGUCAAAGUGUCUGUAAAUGUCCCACUGUUGCUACACCUUAUGUGUGCAUCAACACUUACUUUCUGGUGCAGUGAUUUUGCCUUAUGACUGUGGGCCAUGGAAAACUGGUAGGUAGGAAUGCACCAUCCUGGCUGCUACUUUUAUGGCUUUCUGACCCACCUCCCAUUUUGCAGUCUACCUCCAGCCCUGGGGGUUUCUUCCUUGCCUGAGGAUCUGUAUUCUCUUCACUUGGCCACCCUUGAUUUGAGGGGAGCAGCCCAUGAACCUUCUGCGUGUCCAGGUUCAGACAGCCCUCUCUUGCCCGGGCUGUGUGAACCCUGUCAUCCCUGGUUUGAAAUUGGAUUUUUUCUCAUCUUAGGUACCUACUCGCACGCUAGCUGGUACAAUCUCAUCAAAACAAGUCUUCCUUGUUUACUUCUUUGCCAUGUACCUCAAAAUAAGACAUCUUUAUUGCUGUAGAUAAAUAUUCUAUAUGCUGUAGAGCUUAACGGUCACAUUUUUCAGUUAUUUCUGCAUAGUCAUAAUAGUUUCAAUAACUUCUGAAAUUGUAAUAAUGGUUUAUAUUCCCCUAGAAAAUACUCUUUUCUUCACUGCGCUGUCCUACAGUGUCAAAUAGCAUUUUGUUCCUGGUAUUAGGACAAAAUCAUAGCCUAUAUGAGGACUAACAUGCUUUGAAGCAAGCAAAAAUCAGUAAGUUUAAGUUUGAGGAGUUUCUGUGUGAUAAUUACAUGUAAAGCAGAAGGGAAUCUCUAUGCUCCCUUCAGUUCUGUGGGUGUUCUGGUAUUUGCAGAGAAAACCUCCAAAGAGAACUGCAUAGAAUGCUAUGGCUUCUGUCCAGAUAUAUUAGUUCAGCAAAAGCAUGUGCUUAACCUUACCCGGGUGAGUAAUCGCAUCAUUAUUCAGGCAACAACUUGAAUAUGUACUUUGAUGACUAAAGAUAGGAUUACUCACAUGCUGUGGCUUUUUAUUUUGCUGAAGAGCAGACCUAGUAUUCUUCCACUGCUUUCAGAUCCCCCUCCACUUCCCAGGGCAGAACAGCUCUCCAUAUCUGCAGGAUCUGUUGCCAAACCCUGCAUGCCCUGCCUUAAUCAAGGAUUUAUCCAUGCUAAAAAAGAAAAUGUCAUGCAAUACACCUCACAAGGAGUUAAACUGGUACUGUCUGACAUUACAGCCACCCUGCCCCCACACAGAGCUCCAAGUAAUUGCAUUAUUUUGAGGUUCUUACACACAGAUACUCCCUCUUUUAUUAGUACAAGGUCCUAUCUUAAAGUCCUUAGUCUUGAGUGCUGGGGACAGUACAGUCUAUUUCGAACAAGGUACUAAAGGACAAUUGAAUAACUGAUUUGAGGAUUGCCCUGCUAAGAACAGUCAAUGCAUGCUCUGUGUUUAUUUGCCUUGACAAACUCAGGACCUGGUCAUCUGUAAUUGGUAUUUAUAAGGUAAAGAAAAAAACCCCAAAAUUUAAAUGCACAAUGACUGAGCAAUGCUUACAGACUACAAUUCAAUGAUUCUAAAACACAGUGUAGCUUGAGUUCCUCCUGUGACUGAAGUCAGCUGGUAUUUGGUCUAUGAUUCAAAUGAGACCUGAAUUUCCCUGAACUAAUGAGGUUACUUUUUUCACUGGAGAGAAAAAGUUUAUUGAUCUACAAGUACACCUUUUGUGGUUUUAUGCAUGAAGAGUUUAGAGGAUGCCUUGGGGUAUCCUGUUCUUUAACCUGAGGAAGCAUAUUACUGUAAAAAAGGAAAUAGCAUGUGUCGAUAUGUAUCUAGCAUUUCUGUUUGCUUGUUUUUUCGAUAUGGACAAAAAUAUGUUUAACACUAGUCAUACAUUAUAAAUGUAGCAUAGACAGGGUGACUUGUUUUCUUUCACUUAAAUAAUCAUGGAUUACCUAAAUCCUCUCGCAAGACAGCACUGAGUUUGGGAACAAAUACUUCUGUUCUUGUGGGGCGUAUUUCCCUUUCUUUGCUCAUAAAAAGAAUCACUUUUCAUAGUUUCUUACCUGAGUCCUUAAGUUCUUUUAGGUUUGUAUUUGUCUUCUCUAUCUUAGUGCAAAUUUAUUGUGCUGAUCAAUAUCUCUCAAGUUACAUAAUGGUUUUAUGAGAUACUGGAUUAGAAUUCUUAUCUGUCUUAACUGCUGGUCACUAUUGCACAAGGACAAAUGUUUUUGUCCCAAAUUUUAUAUCAUAUUUUAGUAGACAGUCUUGCAGUUUGUUAAGGACUUACUCUGGGUUAAAUCUGGGAUUGAGAACAAUUAUCAUUAGUUUAAUGAUAACUAAGGGAAAAUAGUAAGUAAAUGUGUUUGAUAUUUUGAAUCUGUAUUUUAAAACUAUGUGAAAAGAUGUCUUUUCUGCUUUAACGGCUCACUUCAGUUUAUUUGUGCAAUUUUCCAUAGUUUAAAUAACUAAGUAGAAAAGAAAAAAAACUAUUCAAAAGAUACACAGUCUGUUAAAGGUUGGUACCCUGAAUGCCUGAACAAGGGGGUGAAUCCUGCCUGAAGGCUGAGGGUUUUUGUGUAAUGGAUCUGUGGGAACAGAAGAUGGUCUGACAUCCCAGCUCAGGGAUGGAGUGGAGGACUUCUUGGCAUUCUCCUGUGUCUUUCACAGCUUAUUUUUACCAACUCCUCGGGUACAGUCACUUAGGAAGCCUCCACAGCAUUGGGCUCAGCACCAUGCAAGGCCUGUGGGUGCCUUUUGCGAGGGCUUAUAAAAAGGUGAGGUCACUUGUGCCAUGGAGGCAUGAUGCCAGAAGGGCAUUUGUGGCUGCAAAAAGGAGUGUAUGCCAUUUACAGAGAUUUUAAAGAUGCUUGUCUGAAUCCCAGAACAGAUUCAUAGGGGAGAAAUGAAACUCAAAGAUUAAAAAAAAAAAAAUCAGUGUUGACAGAAGGACGAGUUCAUUCUAUCAGAAAAAAAUCCAGUAAAUGCAGUGAAGCAGUAUCUGCAUUGUUAUAUCUCUCAUGAAGAAAGAUUAAAGCACAUCUAUCUACUGGUAACCUAAUAAUUUUGUACAAGAUUCUGUAGCAGGUGGAGUAUGCCUUUUGAUAACAUGGGGGAGUAUGUACUCACAGGAAUGAGUUUGUUUGCCCAGAAUAUGUGGAUCUAAUACAAUAUAUGUUAAUGUUUUUUUUAAUGUGUACUUAUCUGCAAUUAUGUGCAAGAAUAAAGUCAAGCACAUGUUAUUUAAUCUUUACACCUUAAUGAAAUGUAAUGAAUUCCUAUCACCAACUCUUGGUUUGGUACAUGCUCCCUUGUAGGAGCUGGGCUGGUGCUUCGGUAUUCCACAGAGAUCCCAUGGUUUAGGCUGGAAAGUAUCAUGUGUGUGUCUUUCCCCUGUCUACGUGUGCAUGUGUAAACGAAGGUUUGGGUAAUGUGUUAGAUGAUGACUAUGACAAAAUGUGCAUUAAAAAUGUGUCAUGUUUUUCAUUUCA